UUUCUCCUCUCUUAGAUAGAGGCACCAGCUGCUCUGUCUUUUAUCUUAUACCCAGAGCAUUCUCUGUUUCGGCCACACCUCCUUCCCAUCAUCGGCUGCUUAUCCACCCAUCUCACCUCCUUCCCAUCUCUGAUCAAGGGACCCAGAGAGAUCAAGUGGAAGAUAGACGGGCCUCCAGCAACCAUAAGACAGCUGGCCAUCCCCAUAAUCGAUAAGAGGUAUGGAAUAAGUGGAAUUUAUAAAAUAUUCUCAAAAGCAACAGAAAGAACACAGCAAUAUCAACAUCAUCAGCAUGUGUGUGUAUACUUUGUUCGUCUGGAUGUUCACACUUACAGGCUACCUUUGUGAACAAUGUCGAGAAGGUGCCACCUUCACUGAUGCAGCUAUAUCUCCCAAUUUACAAAGCACACACAUUAUGAGAGUACCUAAUGCCAGGACUAUGUCAGACUGCACUAUUGCCUGCUGUAACCAGUCAGGCUGUGAUGUCUCCUGGAUGUUGGGUAGACGAUGCUAUAUUGUGAACUGUCAACAUAAAGACAGUUGUGAACCUCAGAAGGUUGAGCACAUGAAAUCAUACUUAACUUUUGUAUUAAGACCUUCUCCAAGAUUUAUUCCCUUGCCUCUCUAUGGAAAUUUUUUGCCCAGCAGAGAAUACCCAUUAGGAGUGCACGAGGACUCUGAUGAGGAUGUGGCACAUCUUAAAGAUCUCUCUUUUGUAAAUAAGGAUCCCAGCAUUGAGGAGCAAGAUGCAUAUUCAGAUGAUUACAGUGACCCUAGGUUGGAUUUUCUUCACCUAAGUGCUAAAGCAGACCAGAAAGUGAGUCCUGAUGUGGACUAUUUAGGUUGGUUUUUCCCAGACACAGAGAAAAACUCCUCAGCUGUGGAAGUUGGCAGGCGCAAUGAGGAUACUUUUGAUCAAGAAAAGCAAGAGCCGACAUCGAGCAAUGUAAUACUUCAAAAUGUGUCAAUGACAGCAUCGGAAGACCACAUUAUUCCUACAACACAACCAGAUAGGACUGUAUCCCUGGCAGUGGAAGCAAAUGACAACUUUCUAAGGGAGCUUUCAACUCCAUUGCCCACUUCUUCAAAUGAGGACAAACAGGCUAUUACAGUUGUCGAUAAGACUCAAGUCCACCCAACUUCUGAAUUGCUGCCGGAGCAUCAAACAGUUUCAAACAAUGUUGUCCAUUCUACCACAUCGAUUGCAAGCAACAUUCCUAUCAGACCAUUGCAAAUUCUUUCAGUGUCUACUGGUGACAGCAUUCAAGUGCUUCUGCCGAAAAAUGAAGUACAGCUUAAUGUCUACGUGACGCCUGAAUCACCGGCAGACAGGCCUUACCAGUUUGAAUGGAGUUUAUUAAAUCAGCCUAAAGAUUUCAAAGGAGAGCUGGAAAUGAAGCAUACAAGAACUCCAAAGCUGUCCACAUUGCCUGUUGGACUGUAUUUGCUGAGAGUUGCUGUGUCAAAUGAAACUGCUUACGGAGAAGGAUUUCUAAAUAUAACUGUGAAACCAGCAGAGCGUGUCAAUCAGCCUCCAGUGGCAGUUGUGUAUCCAAUAACGCAACAAAUAUCUUUACCGACAUCAUAUACUUUUAUCGAUGGAAGCACCAAGGAGGGGCGGAGCCAGAUGCAAGGAGCCCCGUGCGUCUCAGGAAAAAGACUAACUGUGACUGACUCAGAUGGAAUUGUAAACUCUACCACAGCCAAUGUUACAGUGCACGCUCCUGUGGAUUACCCACCACUUGCCAAUGCUGGGCCUAAUCAAGUUAUAACCCUUCCCCAAAACUACAUUACUUUGAAUGGAAAUGAGAGCAGUGAUGACCACCAGAUUGUCAGCUACAAGUGGUCCCUCAGUCCCAGCAGUAAAGGCAAAAUAGUGGCCAUGAAGGGUGUGAUUUCUCCAUAUCUCCAAGCGACUACAAUGCAAGUGGGAAAUUAUACAUUUCAACUGACAGUAACAGAUUCAUCUAACCAGCAAUCUGUUGCUGAGGUCACAGUGAUUGUGCAGCCUGAAAUUGACAAGCCACCUGUAGCAGACACAGGUCCUGAUAAAGAACUGACAUAUCCAGUGGAAUCUACAAUAUUAGAUGGAAGUAAAAGCAGAGAUGAUCAAGGCAUUGUUUCUUAUGAAUGGGAGUUAAUCAGUGGGCCAACCGCUGUUACCAUACAGGACAGCGAUAAAGCAGUGGGAAUAGUAAGUGGAUUGCAGGUUGGCAUCUAUCAUUUUCGUUUGAUUGUCAAAGACAGUCAAGGUCUAAACAGCACUGCUACUCUUUCUAUAACGGUUAAGGAAGAAAACAACAGCCCUCCUCAAGCACAUGCUGGUGGGACCCAUAUUCUUGUGCUUCCCAAUAAUUCUAUUAAUUUGGAUGGUUCAAAGUCUGUUGGUGACCAAGGACUGGUUUCAUACCAAUGGACGAGGGAUGGUCAGAGUCCUGCAGCUGGGGAUGUUGUGUACUCCUCCUACAAAGAGCCAGUUCUGCAACUCACUAACCUGGUAGAAGGAAUAUACCUUUUUUAUUUGAAGGUCACAGAUACAAAGGGAAACUCCAAUACUGACACAGCAACUGUGGAAGUGCGUCCUGAUCCAAGAAAACAAAAUUUGGUGGAGUUGAUUUUGAAGGUAGCUGUCGGACUGUUGACAGAACAGCAAAAAGAUACAUUAGUGAGGCAGCUGGCAGUCCUUCUCAAAGUUCUGGAUUCUGAUAUAAAGAUCCAGAAGAUACAGGCGCACUCUGACUUAAGUACAGUGAUUCUUUUCUAUGUUCAAACUGGCCCUCUUCUGAAAAUCCAAAGAGCAACAGAGGUUGUGCGGACUCUUCAAGGCCAGCUUUUGAAGGAAAAGGCUGACUUCCUAAUUUACAAGGUUCUACGAGUAGAAACUGUUGUCUGUUUUUUGAAGUGUUCUGGCCAUGGGCACUGUGACCCCAUAACCAAAUCCUGCCUCUGCUAUCCAUUUUGGAUGGAGAACCUGAUUCAACGUUAUAUCAGCGAUGGAGAGAGUAACUGUGAUUGGAGUAUACUCUACAUCACCAUAUUAACAUUUGCUCUGGUUGCACUCCUGAUGGGCCUUACUUGGCUCUGCAUUUGUUGCUGCAAAAGCAGAAAGCGAACAAAAAUACGAAAGAAAACAAAAUAUACGAUCCUGGAUAAUAUCGAUGAGCAGGAAAGAAUGGAAUUAAGGCCAAAAUAUGGAAUAAAGCACAGAAGUACAGAACACAAUUCCAGCUUGAUGGUGUCCGAGUCGGAGUUUGAAAGUGACCAGGAUACCAUAUUCAGCCGUGAGAAGGUGGUGGACUGUGAGCAUCCAAAAAAUAUUCCUAGUAGUGGGGCUGUCAAAAAUGGUGCACCUUUUAACUUUAGCUCAAACUGCAGAUAGGUUGUGUAAGUCAUCAUGCAAAAAAGUGCGUAUAACCUAUGGAAAUUAAUUGGCAGACAAGUUUUUUCAGCAUAGGAUAGACAAAAUGGCAACCAGAAGACAAUGAACUGAAUCUUCAUUGUAUGUACUGAAAAUGGUGUUAUCUUUGGAAAUCUUUACACAGCAAAUAAUUUGAGUGUACAAAAUGUACCAAAAUGAACUUGCCCUGUGUAACUCUGUCUGCUUUAAUUAUGUUCUAAAACUAAGUGGAAAAGGUAUGCUUAGGUAGGCCUCUACAGUUGUGGUGACUAGAGAGAUUCACAGGUAGCAUAUUAAUUGGGGCCUACUUGAACUAGGAUGAAGGUAGUGUACCUGGUGGGUGCUUACCAGGUAUCUUAAUAUUGUCCUAGCAUACAAAGG